AUGUCGUAUCGCGAAAGCAAAGGAUCCGAAUCGGACUCUGGAGAUGAGCCGGUAGGCUAUCCAGGAGGCAAAGGACACAUGACGCCAUUACGACAACGGCUGGAGAACCUUACAACCCCAGAAGAACAGCAGGAGCUCCGAGAGCUUGAACAUGACGUUGAAGAAAUUCAACGGGUAAUCAACAAUAGGAAGGACAUCACAAAGGACUUCGAGGACGAAUUCCUAGCGCAUACGGACCUUCCUAGAGGAGAAUCGAUACAAGUUGAUCCAAGGCCAGAGGACGCUGAAGGAUCAGGCAAGGGUAAAGGACGGGAGGAAUGGAAUCCUCUCGGCAUCAAUCCAAGUUCACUAAGGAGUGGCGACUCCAGCGUUACGCCAACAUCCAAGAAGCCCUACGAUGGGUUAGGAUUAUGGAAAGGAGUCAGGAUGACACCUUUAACCAGGACAGCCUCGGAAGGAGGAAGGCCAGUAACGCCACUCAGAGUACCAAUAAGGCCACAGUCGGCCAUGGCACAAACAGGUAGUUUGGGAACUACUGGUCAAAAUCCCAUCAAAGCACGGUACGAUCCAGCUAGUGGACCACCAGUGCAUCCAGGACUGACAUGUCUGGAAUUCCAGUGGCAGGAAUAUCUCAUGGAAAUGAAUCUCUACGCGCUGUAUAAUUCUGCACAACCAGAAUUGGAAAAAGAGGAAUUACAGCUAGGAAAGAUCCGACUGUUCGCAGGAGAUAAGCGAAUGUUUACGUCAUUCCUCCAGGCUGGAGAACGACAUCUCCAAGCAAAUAUCCACAUAUACGACGACGACUAUAGUCAGAUAACGUUCAUCCUAUCCCACUUCGAACCAGGUUCAGCAGCAGCAAAAUGGGUCGAAUCAUGGGAAGCAGCGAUGAUCGCAUCUACAGGAAGAUCGGAUGAUCUAGGACUUUAUCGCGACUUUCGGAUGAUGCUCCAAGAAAAGUAUGGGGGAGUCGCAACCAAGGACCAAGCAUGGCAAACGCUACUCGACAAUCAGUGUAGGCAGAAGAAAGGAAAGGUCGACGAUUACAUCAGGAAUCUCGACAUCCUCUUUCGCUAUGCUGAAAUCGACGACGACUAUACCAAGCUCGUCCAUUUCAAGCGAGGCUUGGAAUCAAAGUUGGCAGAAAAAGUCUUCCUUACUCCUAAUCCUCCAACUACGUAUGAGGAUGCUUGCAACGUGGCAAGACAAGUCAACGACCUGCGAACCGUCCAUAAGGGAAAAAGCAAUAUCUUCGAUUUCAUCACACAUGCGAAUCAGGGUGAUUCAAUGGAUGAAGGAGACUCGAUGGAGAUAGAUGAUCCCAAUGCAAUGGACGUCGACAGGGCACGACGAAUAUGA